UGCAUUGCGAAACAACAUGGAUCAAGGACAAGGUCCUCCUCCAAUGAUGAGGCCUCCUUUUGGGAUGCCUCCUCCUGGACAAGGUCCCCCAGGGUCAGGAUACCCAGGGAUGCCCCCUAUGGGGGGUCCUAACCCCCAGGGCUAUUUGCCUCCAGGCUACGGAGGUCCUCCCGGCGGUAUGCCACCCCCAGGGUACCCAGCCAACAUGCCACCCCCUAAUUUUUCUGCCCCACCCACUUCAGGUGGUGCCAAUAACUCUGCUGUCAUAUCAGCUCCGCCCACUAAUACAGCUGGACAGCCACAGACUGGAGGUUUCCAGACCAUGCCCCAACAGAUGGCGACACAGUCUUCACUUCCUGUGGAGAUGUCACCUGCAGGUACUCUGGCAGAGAGUGGACCCAUGCCACCAAAGAAAUCCAAUUGGACAGAACACAAGGCUCCAGAUGGAAGGACAUAUUUUUAUAAUGCCACCACGAAGCAAUCUUCCUGGGAAAAACCAGAUGAACUGAAGACACCUGCUGAGGUGAACUACCUCUCUCAGCCAAAUUAUGGAGAGUCCUUUUAUUUUUACCGGUCUUCCCACAAUGCAUUGCGAAACAACAUGGAUCAAGGACAAGGUCCUCCUCCAAUGAUGAGGCCUCCUUUUGGGAUGCCUCCUCCUGGACAAGGUCCUCCAGGGUCAGGAUACCCAGGGAUGCCCCCUAUGGGGGGUCCUAACCCCCAGGGCUAUAUGCCUCCAGGUUACGGAGGUCCUCCCGGCGGUAUGCCACCCCCAGGGUACCCAGCCAAUAUGCCACCCCCUAAUUUUUCUGCCCCACCCACUUCAGGAGGGGCCAAUAACUCUGCUGUCAUAUCAGCUCCGCCCACUAAUACAGCUGGACAGCCACAGACUGGAGGUUUCCAGACCAUGCCCCAACAGAUGGCAACACAGUCUUCACUUCCUGUGGAGAUGUCACCUGCAGGUACUCUGGCAGAGAGUGGACCCAUGCCACCAAAGAAAUCCAAUUGGACAGAACACAAGGCUCCAGAUGGAAGGACAUAUUUUUAUAAUGCCACCACGAAGCAAUCUUCCUGGGAAAAACCAGAUGAACUGAAGACACCUGCUGAGCUGCUGUACUCCAAGUGUCCAUGGAAGGAACACAAAGCAGACAGUGGCAAGGUAUAUUUCCAUAACAGCCAGAACAAGGAGUCCAGGUGGACCAAACCUAAAGAACUUGAGGACAUUGAUGGAGAAUCUGAGGAUGAAGACAAACCAGUGGAAACAAAGCCCAUUUCCUUCAAGAAUAAGAAAGAAGCCAUUGAAGCUUUCAAGACUCUUCUCAAAGAGAAAGACGUCCCCUCCAAUACCACUUGGGAACAGGUGAUGAAGUUGAUCAUCAAUGACCCCAGAUAUGGUGCCCUGAAACACCUGAAUGAAAAGAAGCAGGCAUUUAAUGCAUACAAGACACAGAGAAGCAAGGAAGAAAAGGAACAAGAAAGGUUGCGGGCCAAACAAGCAAAGGAGGAUUUAGAAAACUUCUUGUUGCACACAGACAAAAUUCAUUCCACAAUCAAAUACAGGCGUGCAGACCAGCUAUUUGCUGAGCUGGAGAUAUGGAAGAAUGUUCCUGACAGAGACAGGAGAGAUAUCUAUGAGGACGUCAUUCAUGUCAUUGCCAAAAGAGAAAAGGAAGAAGCUAAAACUCUGCGUAAGAGGAACAUCAAGGUGUUCAAUGAAAUCUUGGACAACAUGCCCAGUUUGACCUAUAGGACCACAUGGUCAGAGGGUCAGGCUCUCUUACUAGACAACCCCACCUUUACAGAUGACACAGACCUGCAAAGAGAUUUUCAAUUGCAGGAGAAGGGCUUCCUGAUCAAUGUAGAGACAACCUAUGAAGAUUUUGUGAAGUCGCUAAAGUCAGACAGCAGGUCCAAAACUCUGGAUGCUGGCAAUGUUAAACUGACCUAUAAUAGUUUAAUAGAAAAAGCUGAAGCCAGAGAGAAAGAGAGAAUGAAGGAAGAAAGUAGAAAGCAAAAGAAGUUGGAGAAUGCGUUCAAGUCGAUGCUGAAGCAGGCGACGCCCCCUUUGGAACCCACCACACAGUGGGAAGAUGUACGUGAAAGAUUUGAAGCAGAUUCCAACUUUCAAAUCAUCAAUCCAGAGUCUGAGAGGAUAAGGCUAUAUAAGGAGUUCAUAGCAGCCUUGGAGGAGGCCUGUAUGCACCACCACCGCUCAUAUCCCAAGAAAAAGAAGACAAAGAAACACCGCAGCAAGAGGUCUAGGUCAAGGUCGCAGGACAAGGAUGUGGACAAGGACAAAGAGAGAGACAAAGAGAGGUCAGAGUCUGAAGAAGAAGAACGUCGACACAGAAAGAAGAAAAAGAGGUCAAGGUCAGAAUCCAGGUCACCCUCACCACCACCUAGGUCAGAGUCCAGGUCUCCAUCACCAGAAGAAACAGAGAGAAAGAAGCCAAAGAAGCACAAGAAAAAGAAGAAGAAGAAGCAUGCAUCUAGAUCUCCAUCUCGGUCGCCAUCAGAGGAGGAGGAGGGUGAGAGGAGAGACACAGACAGAGGGUCAGGCAGGAGAAAACAAGAUGCACACUCUCCAGAAUAUAAGAAAGAAAAGACGGGCUGGGAUACAUCAGAGAGUGAUCUUAGUGAGGGAGAACUGGAGAAGAAGCGUAGGCAGUUGCUGAAACAACUGGAGGACGAUGGUUGAAGAUAAAAAAACAGACAGAUCAUACAAGACUGUAGACAGAAACAGGAUUGGAUUUACAAAGAGUUAAGAGGUGGCAGAAAAGAGAAAUGGACGUCCUUGUCUAGAAAACUGUUAUAGAGUUCACUGGAAGACAUGGACCUAGUGCAUGUUCUCUUAAACUGAUACUUACCAUGUGAGAAAUGAUGGUUGUUUCUGUUUGUUUACAUUAUGUACUGCCUGUGGAUGAUGCAGUGAGAAGACAUUUUUUACCAGUAAUUUCAUCAAUAUUCAGAAUGUAAUGGUUAUCUGUUCUGAAGAUUAAAAUGUCUGCCUUAUUCUGUUUAUAGAAUGGAGAGAGACUGAAAAUGUUACAUUUAGUUUACAUUUAGUAGAGUGAACAAAAAAGGUCAUGACCAUUUUGUAGCGUUUUUUGUUUGAGAAAAAUGUGAUUAAACCAUUCAACUGCAUCUUGUCUAAUACUAAAAAUGACUGAAAUCACUUUAUUUUCUGUCAGUAAUAUGUGCCUCUUGGGAAGAUGUUGCCAUGUAAAACUUUGGAACUUGUAUAAAUAAUUGCUUCCAUGAAUGUAUCACGAUGUAUGGUUCCAAAUAAAGAGACAGAGUGUAAGAUGUUAAACACAUAAAACUAAAACAUUUCUCAUUUAACUUUUGUAACAAGUCAUACUUUUUAUCAGUUUUAAAAGAUGUAUGAGAUGCAUGAAUAAAUAUGAGAAACAAUAA